GUCACUCCCCAGCCGCAUCAUGGGACUUCUUCUCUUAAGUCUCCUUGUACUACAUGCAUGGGCUAUAGAAGGUGACGCAAGGUCGGUGCAGGGACCAAGUCGUCUGAAUACGAAGGCGCUUCGUCUGGCGACUGGCAAGAAGAUAGCCCGCCCCAACAUGCCCCCGGAGGAGACGGGUGUGGACGGGGCGUAUGAGUCGGACAUGAAGCUGACCCCAGAACAGAUGAUGAUGAUCGGCAAUGACGGUCAGCCGGGCGGCUCCCGCUACAGGAGGAAGGCUGUUGCACAGGACCAGUACCUCUGGCCGAACAACAUCGUCGCCUACGAGUUUGAUUCUGAUUUACCAUCCAACUACCGGGACAACAUCCGCCGAGCCAUACACCACUGGGAAGAUCUUACCUGCAUCAGGUUCAGGGAGUACUCCCCUGGACUCGGCGACGAGAGUCGCGUCAAGUUCUACCAGGGUGCGGGGUGCCAGUCGGCCAUAGGACGGAUUGCUGGUGGACAAGAAACAUCUAUCGGCUCCAGAUGUAACACUAUGGGGUCUAUAGCUCACGAGAUAGGCCACGUGUUGGGAUUCUACCACGAGCAGUCCCGCCCUGACAGAGAUGAGCACGUGUCUGUACACAUGGAGAAUGUCACCCCCAAGUUUCAGUACAACUUUAAGAAGUACGGAACCUCCCAGGUCCGCACGGAUGAACCUUACGAUAUCGGCUCAGUAAUGCACUAUGGCUCACUGUAUUACAGCAAGGACGGGAAGUCACCCACUAUUCUGCCCAAGGAGGAUGGCGUGAAGGGCUUCAUGGGACAAAGAGAUGGUCUCAGCUUCAUGGACGUCAAGACCGCCAACGACCUCUACGGCUGUGCAGCACACUGUCCAUCUUCCCUUCACUGUAACAACAUGGGCUUCAUGGGUGCCGACUGUACUUGUAUGUGCCCCUGGGGCUUGACCGGUGACACCUGUGACGAGGUCAUCUCCUCGACAGCACAUUGCGGGGGAGUACUGACCACUCGUGACGGGACCUUCACCACUCCCAACUACCCUAACGGGUACGGCGGCCCCGUGACGUGUCACUGGCUCAUUCUCGGUCCCCCCGGCUCCAGCAUCAAGUUGUGGUUCAACAAGUUUGAGAUGGAGGAUGACGAGGACGCUCCGUGUGGUUAUGACUGGGUGGAAGUUCGCACCCUCGGGCCUCACCUCGUGGGACCCAAGAUGUGUGGAAACGGCCCCUCGACACACUUCGAGCACGACAGCAACGCGCUCUACGUCCGUUUCCAAUCCGACGACUCUUACAACGACUUUUCCGGCUUUGAAGCAGGCUACUCCAUUGAAGGAGGGUCAGUGGGAUGGGGUCCCUGGGCGCCCUGGUCCGCCUGCAGCAAGGCGUGUGGUGGAGGGACAAGGAUCAGACUGAGGACGUGUCAUGUCGCCAAGUGUGUUGGACCCAGCAUGCAACCGGAAGUGUGUAAUACACACACAUGUUGAUAAACUGUGUGAGAGACAAUCGUAAGGUUAUGCCAGGUUUUCAAAGGAGUUGACUGAGGUAAUAUGCCGAGAUUGGCCAGAAGCAGAACCUUGACUUCCCCGUGGCUUAUAUCGAACUGGCAAAGCACAUCUGUAUAUAGAGUUCUUUUCAGUCAUCAUAUAUAUCCUUACCAUGUAAUAAACAGAUAUAUACUUACAA